CCAGCCCAGCCAGGCACCCGGGCACAGUUGGGCAGAGCCAGGAGCAGCUCACCCCAGGACCACACAGGUUGCAGACUCAGGGAAGAUCAUGGCCAGUUCAGGACCCUCCACGCAGACAGAGGAGCACAGCCGAGUGCAGGGAGACACAGAAGAGCUUAACUACGGAGAGACUGAUGCCCACCGGCGAGCUGGGGACGCCGGCCUCGGCUCACCCGGACACCAUGAGAGACACAAGCCCUCCUCCUCCUCCUCCUCUUCAUCUUCCUCAUCUUCUUCCUCCUCUUCCUCCUCCUCCUCAUCCUCCUCAUCGACAGACAGCAGUGACGAGGACAAGCACCCCGAAGGCUCCAGGAAACACGGACCAGGUGGGGGCGCCGGACUUGCCCUCAGAGGCAGCUCAACGGGUGCUGGGCCCGGGGACUCUGACAUCUCCAACGAUGAGCUUCAACUCUACGGAGGGACCCCUGGAGAGCUGGUGCCCUCUGGGGAGACAGGCCUGCGAAAAAGAGAUUCAGACGCAGUCAGCGGGGAAGUGGAGGCGGCUCAGUUAAGGAAACUGAAUAUAAAGAAGGAUGAUGAGUUCUUCCAUUUCGUCCUCCUCUGCUUCGCCAUCGGGUCCUUACUGGUGUGUUACCACUACUAUGCCGACUGGUUCAUGUCCCUUGGCGUUGGCCUCCUCACCUUCGCCUCCCUGGAGACCCUCGGCAUCUACUUCGGGCUGGUGUACCGGAUCCACAGCGUCCUACAGGGCUUCAUCCCUCUCUUCCAGAAGCUGCGGCUCAUAGGGGUCAGGAAGACCGACUGAGGCCUGGGCGGGCAGCCAGCCCAGCCGAGCGUGAGCACCACGGCAUCCCAGGGCACGCGAGGACAGAGCCACAGUCCAGAGAGUGCCACCCCUCUCGCCGUCUGAACGCUGGCACCAGCCCAGGCCACCACAUCCCGGGGGCAACGUUCAUGCCACCCAGCCCCCAGGGCCGAAGACAGAAGCAG